AUGGCUUCACGAUCCGAACAAUCUCCCUCACCUCCUCACGAUCUUUCCGCGUCUCAAUUGACUAUACCCUCGGACUCCGAAGCAUAUUCCUCAAUAUCUCCUCCUUCGUCAUCCCCACCUCAAUCCUCCGACAACAAUGGGGCACAGAAUGUGAUCAUAUAUCAGCCACCCACACUCUGGGGUAUCCUCCGAGGUGCUGCCAUAAAUCUUUUACUUCCUUUUGUGAACGGAAUGAUGUUAGGGUUCGGGGAGCUACUGGCACAUGAAUUCGCCUUCCGUCUGGGCUGGAGUGGAACCAAUGUGUGGCCUCGUCACAGGAGCUCGCAUUCGAUCGGGCCUGGAAUCGAGCAGAGAGAUGCCCCGGUGGAACGUAGAAGGAGAGGAAACUCGACCGUGAACCCAGAGCUCGCCGACUUGGCCUCGUUGGAAUAA